GACUUGGCGUUGGGCGUGGCCUUCUCUCAAUCCAAAGCCAGGCGAAGAAGAAGAAGAAGUAGACGAAGGAAAGGAAGCUCCGGAAGAAUUUUCACCAGCAACUGAAAAUUAAGAAACAAAAAUGCCGUUCUGGCAGGCGGCUGGAAAUGCGACCUCAUCAUCCUCGUCUUCCUCUUCCUCUGCCACGAACUCGUCUUCCACAUCUUCCAGCUCCAUGAACAGCACCGCCCACCACAACAGAGCCGGCGGCGAUCCGAAUCAAAACCACGGCGAGCUUCCCGGAGGAGAGAGAUCACCACCGACGGUCUCUGCUGCUACUGCCGUUUCGCUCGUCGCCAAGUCGUUGCUGCCUACCCGAAGGAGGCUCAAGCUUGAUCCUGCCUCCAAGCUCUACUUCCCUUAUGAACCGGGGAAGCAGGCAAAGAGUGCAAUUGGCAUUAAAAACAUUUGCAAGUCCCAUAUUGCUUUCAAGUUCCAGACAACUGCACCUAAGAGCUGUUACAUGCGUCCUCCAGGAGCGAUUCUUGCCCCUGGUGAGAGCCUUAUUGCAACCGUGUUCAAGUUUGUGGAGCCUCCAGAGAACAAUAUUGAGAGGCAACUCGAUUUGAAAAACAAGGUCAAGUUCAAGAUCAUGAGCCUGAAGGUUAAAGGAGAGAUGGAAUAUGUACCAGAGUUGUUUGAUGACAUGAAAAAUCAAGCAGCGGUGGAGCAAAUAUUGCGGGUUGUUUUUCUUGACCCUGAAAGUACAAACCCUGCACUACAAAAGCUCAAGAGACAACUUGCUGAAGCUGAAGCUGAGCUCGAGAACCGGAAGAAGCCUGCAGAGGAACCGGCCCCUCGGCCUACUGGUGAAGGACUCGUCAUAGAUGAAUGGAAAGAGAGGAGGGAGAGAUACCUAGCCCAGCAACAGGUUGAAGUUGGUCCAGUGUUGAAGUAACUGUUUCUUCUCAUUCUUUUGUUAUUGUUGAGGGAAUCAAAUAGGGAAUCAUGUUGACAGAAGUGAGCCGUGAGGUGUGAAGUAGCAUUAAGGUGUUAUCAUAUUGCUUUUGCUUAAUGAUGCGGCAACAGAAUCUGAUUUUGAUCAGUUCAAUGUUUGUCAAUUAUGAGUACAUGUUAAUAAUUGUGAACCCUAGCACUAUUAAAUAAUCAAUCAGUGGUUAUCCUAAUCGAAUGAGAUGGUUGGCUUAGGUGGAGAUAUGUGCAGAAAUAUGCUGGCAUCCAUCACUUUCACAAACCAUGAUCAAAGCAUGAAUAUAAUAAUCCACACUGAAAGGGAAUCCGGAAACAGGAUGUUGAAUUGUUGAUAAGCUAUAAUUCAUUACUGUUUCUGCACAUCGAUUAUAAAUUAGGGAUUUCCUAUGGUAACUUGAAGUAAGGUAACUUGAGUUUUCUUACCUGCUAUAGCAGGUUUCACAGGUCGCAUUACGUAAAAUAUAACAGGCAUUACGUA